UCCCACGCACACUGUAGUCGCAGAGAGCAGAGGUGAUAAUAAAAACGAAAUAGAAUAGAUUAUAAUAAAAUCUAAGGAGACGUGGCAUCGUUGCAGCUCUCACGCCCCAGCCUGCAAACGCCGCUCAGUGAGGUUCAUGUUCACUGCGCUCACUGCUCAGUUAAGCGUACGACACGGAAAGGCAGAUGCAGACUACAGCCACUAAUCCUCCAGCACCGUGUCGGGGAGGUGCUCUGUGGACUGGGUGGUGCAGGUGAUCACUUCCACUCCGCCUCGCUGUGGGAGUUUCUGUCACUCCGAUGCACAAAAUUCUGAGCAUAAGGCUGUUUUGUGGUACCAGUUAGAUAGAACUUGUAAGUGUUGUCUUCCGCUAUUCCGACUAUGUAGUUUUGUCAUAAUGAUUGGUGACCUUGUAAAUGGUGCGUCUGGUGGAGCUGGUGUAAGCUGGCGGGUGCUUGCGUAAAGUGAAGGUGAUCGAGUCAUCUGAUGAGCCAGUGAUGAGCUACUCGUGCAUCGCCAUGGUGAGGCUGCGCAGUGUGGUCGCCGUCCCCUCGCUCAGACAGCUGGUGAAGUCCUUCCCUUGUGUUGCUCACUAGCGUGUUCUUCCUCCUCCUCCUGACCAAUCCUCGCCGCCCUGUACAGAAGCUGCCGACGUUGUUUCUUCAAAUGGACAACGACCUGUGGCUGAUACGCAUCCUGAAAUUACCAUCGCUGUCCAUGCUUCCUAGACUCAGCUUGUGCCUCUCGUCCCUCAGAGGCGGAUGCAGGAGCGACUGACGUGGCUGAGGCGGGUGUGCGAGGAGAUGCCUGUUCCAAGCAAGGUUGCUGCCGCUGCCAUGGACGAGGCGACCAGAUUGAGGACCCAGGUGUUAGAGGAUCACCAGCUGAUGGUGUGCGUGGUGUUCAAGGCAGGCUCCACCACCUGGAACUCCAUCUUGGCUCACCGCUACAACAACACUGAAGUUCUGAAAACCAAAGAGUUCUACAAGUUGCUGGAGGUGCUGAAUCCUACAAAGGAGAGAUUCCAGGAGGUGUCUAGGUCGCCGCUGUUCCUGAAGGCACUGAUGGCCAGGCACCCUCUAGAUCGGCUGUUGUCGGCGUACCGUGACAGGAUCGAGGACCAGACACACGUCACCAGCCAGGCCAGGGAGUACGGCCCUCAAAUUCUCCGGCACACCCGAGGCCUCAGUUUCUCGAGGAAGGACAUGUUUCAUAUUAACGGGACGCUGCGAGUGGUUCCAACUUUCCACGAGUUUGUCAGUUACUUGGUAUCCCGGCCCCCACAGGAGUAUGACCCACAUUGGCGUCCCGUGUCCUUGCAGUGCGGCCUGUGUCAUAUCAACUACACGGCCGUGGUGCUCACAGAGACCUACAACGAGGACCUGCACUACAUCAUGAGGGCAAGCGGGAUGGAUCAGCUUGUGGACAUGACUCUCCUGACGAAGAACAACAACAGAGGGAAGGGAAACACGCACCGCCUCCUCCAGCACUACUAUUCCACGCUGGAGCCAUCACUGCUUCAAAAGAUCAUCAGUGUUUACCAAAAUGAUUUCAAGAUGUUUAACUAUACUGCAAGCACCAUCCUAGACCUUGUAAGCUGAGAGAGAGAGAGAGAGAGAGAGAGAGAGAGAGAGAGAGAGAGAGAGAGAUAUGCGCCUUUCACCAUCCAUCCUCUCAUUCAGGCCACGUGAUCACACACCAGUUUCCCACAAGGUCAUUACUACCUCCUCUUUCACUUCGCGUCAGAUGUUUCCUUCUUUCCUUGCUGUCUUACAAGUGUGCUAUACGUACAUACAUAAGAUUCUUGGUGUGUUCAUAUUGUUUUCUCCGAGCUAAGCGUUUGUGAUUUUGAUAGUUUAGUAGCCUUUAUUCGUGUAUGUAUAUGUAUAUCUGUAUGUAUGUCGGUAUGUAUAUCUGUAUGUCAGUUGUGUUAAUUUGUUUAUUCAGGGAAAACUGUUCACAAUCUAAAAAUAGUUGAUUGAUGAUUGAGAAUAAUUAUUUGUACGAUUCUUUCUGGCUGUGAUUAUGUAUGUUACAGUAUGUAUAUAUGUAUGUAUGUAUGUAUGUGUACGUAUGUAUGUAGGGUGUAAUAAUUGAUUCAGGGAAAAAAAAGUAUUACGAACAUUUGAAGUGAGUUUUAUCUUCAUUAUUUGAUUAGAUGACAAAAGGAGGCAAACGUAUGUAUAUUAGUGUAUCUGCUCUUAAUGCUACUGAAAUAAAAUAAUUGAAAGUA